UCACAUGCUAUUCGGAGAGAGCAUGAGAGGGACUAACUUCCAAGAUGUUGUGGAUAUAACAUGGUUUUUGCUGCCUCUUUUUUGCGUUUCUUUAAAUUUUUCUAUUUAUCUCAGGAUGGAUCAGAUUUUUGACAUUCAAAGUGGAUCUUCCAUGUGUAUAUGAGGUAGCAAAAAUGCAUCAGGUUCAACCUGAUUCAUCAAUCACUGGCUUGAAAAAAUUUCUGACUAAAUCCACAUGUCAGUCCCAGAAGCAAAAGUAAAUCUUCGCUGGAGUUAUGCCUUAUAGGUGGUAAAGAGUUUUAGUGCUUAAAGUUAGUGAUGUUUCGUUUUUGCUUUCAGGUUAAUCAACAUGAGGGGAAUGAACCCUGAAUCAGCCUUUGACCUCCAGACAACUUUACUCCCAUUAUGAGUCAUGAACUGUAUAUAAGAAAGUCACGUUCAGCUUAUUUUUUGCUCAGUGACAAUUUUUGCUACGAGAGCGGCAGGUGAACCAAUCUUCAGAUUUCUUUGGAGCUGUUACCUGACACUGCUGCAGCCAUGGGUGAAUGGGGCUUCCUCGGUGGGCUCUUUGAUAACCUCCAGGCCCACUCGCCGAUGCUUGGUCGCUUCUGGCUCUUACUUAUGCUUGUGUUUCGGAUACUGAUCCUGGGAACCGUAGCCAGUGACCUGUUUGAGGAUGAGCAAGAGGAAUUUAUCUGCAACACCCUCCAGCCUGGCUGUAAACAGGUGUGUUAUGACAAGGCUUUCCCCAUCUCGCAGUACAGGUUCUGGGUGUUCCACAUUGUUCUCAUUGCUACACCUUCCCUGCUUUUUCUCAUGUAUGCCACACAUCAUCAUAACAAGAAGAGCACACGCUCUAAAUUCUCUCAAAGCAGCAGCCAGGACUACCAAGAAGACCUCCGUUUAAGAAGGCUCUACAUCAUAAAUGUGACUUUCCGCAUAGUGGCAGAAAUAGGCUUCAUAGUGGGUCAGUAUUGGCUGUAUGGCUUUAAGGUGAAGCCCCAGUACCCCUGCACCAGUUUUCCUUGCCCUUACACAGUGGACUGCUUUACCUCCCGUCCUGCAGAAAAAACCAUCUUCCUCUGCUUUUACUUUGCUGUAGGGGUGAUAUCAGCUAUUUCCAGCUGCGUAGAGCUUCUCUACAGUUCUGUAAAAUGGUUCUGCACCAGGCAAGAACCUCUUACCCCAGAGCACUCCUGCACCUGCCAGAAUCUCCAUAACUUUACGCAUGAGGUGUCAGAGGAGCAACCAAGGAUGAAGCUGGCCGCAGCAGUGUCCAGCAGUGUGAGGCUGAAGGGAGGCUCACACAGAAGCAGCACCAGCAGGAAGAGCUCCGGCAAGUACAGGAGUGGCAAAUUUGUAAGCAGCAGGACUCUCAAUGUGUGAGAGCCUGUUUUAAACUUUUCACUGUAUUUCCUGAUUUCUGUAUGGUAUUUCGCCUGAAACUGUUUUACUGUUAAUGUUUGACAGAGUUUUACUGAUAGGAGACACAAGAAAAGGCCCCGAAGAGGCUAUUACAAGAUGAGGGAAUGAGCCAAGACAAAACUUCUGAUAAGACCCCUACACGGGAAGUCUUGUUGACUUGUUGGUCUGAUGAAUCAUAUAAACAGGGAAGAAAAUUAAAAUUCUCAGGAAAACACUUGAAACACUCAUCUUUGACUAACUGUGCCGCGCCCUUGUUAAAGGAGAAAUCCACCUGAAAAGGAACUUUUCAGCAUCAUAUGGUGUUUUGGACGAUUAAGAUGAUGUUUUAGCUGACAAACAUUUCCUGGUUAUGGUAAAAUUUUUGUCAUUUGUGAGAAAGCUUUUUUUUUAUCUUAGCAUGGUACAAAAGGUUUCGUCAUUUCGUUUCCCACAGUAAUCCGUUGGUAUUUAAACAUUUUAUCUUUGCUCCUUAUGACAUUUAGUUUGAAUAUGUCAUCUUGGGAUCUUGAAAUAAACAUUAAAUAAUAAUAAAAAAUAAACAUUGUUAUUUUGUGAGAACCACUUGGGUAUCUAAAUAAAUAAAUAAAUAAAUGAAAGUCAAUUUUUUGAGCUAAUGGGACAAAUUAAUUUGUAAUUGCUUGAAAAUUAUCUUUGUGAUCUCAAGAUGACGACAUUAAAAAAUGGCUACUCUUGGCUUCCGUAUAAUCAGACAGAAACAGCUUCACUUUAAACAUGAGACAUCGGAUGCUAAAUGGGCGUAACGUUCAUUCAUGAGCAAAGGUUUUUGACACCCACUAGUCAUCAUGUUGCAUUGUCACAUUAAAAAUUAUUUAUUCUAAAGGUAUUUUUUACUGAUUGUAUGCAUCGCGUCGGAAUUUUGUAUUGUUUGCAUUACACUGUGCUUCUUUAUGGAGUUGUAACUCCAAAGAGUCAAAUAAGGAGACAGAUUUUCCUUUACUUCACAAUAAAUCCUUUUUUUUUCAUUAACAUUUCAAUUAAUUGUGGUAAACUGAUUUUAAAUUCCGAUUUGUGUCAUAAUAAACAACUUGUGUCUUUUAUGAGAGCAACAUCUAUGAAUUUUCCUUUUAACUGAAUGCUAUACAUAUUAAUCAUUUCUAAAUUUGAUGACACAAUUAUUUAUUAUUGUCGCCUUUGUAUAAGUGUAUUUCUUUUAAAAAUAAGGAUGAACAGUUUAAAUGAAAAACACACAUGCUUACACCACAAGACAACUUUAAUUUCUCCCACCGUUUCUGUUGGGUUCAGUGUUGCAACGAGCUGUAACCUUUCAAGCUGUAAAUCAGGAACACACUCAGCAGCAUUUCUCACAUUCCUUCUUGCAGAGUCUUGAACAUGAAGUUCAACAUGACACGAUGCCACUUUGUUCAUUCUUUGUGUGGAAUGUUUUGUUUUUUUUAAUGUUGAAAUGAAUAAAAUGCCUGAUGAUUUCCCAAAUACUAAUCCAGCCUCAUUAAUAUUCCGGCACACAAGUUGUUUUCUUUUCUCCAGUUCACAUUCCCACAAUUUACUGUAAAGCUAAAAAUGUAGAAAUGUACAAAACCGCUACAAAAACGUAACCCCUUCAUCAUCGGCAGAU